CUCGGCCCGCCGCGGCGCGAGGCGUCGACGCGCCGCUCCGCAAGCCUGCGGCCGGACGCCCAGGAAGCCCCGAGGCCGGGAUGGGUGCCGCGCCGACGCCCCCUGGCGGCCGGCUCCCCGCCCUCGCUGGCCCGCGCCCAACGCUCGGCUCCUGGACGCCGGCGGCCGGAUGCCCUACGUCCGCACCGUCCUCUGCCUCCUGGCGGCUCUGGCUGCCGGUGGCGCCGUCGCCUUCCUCGGCUACUGUGUGUACUUCGACCGGAAGCGGCGUGGAGACCCCGCGUUCAGGCGCCGCCUGCGGGACAAAAGAAGAGCCCAGCACCAGAAGGCUGAGGGACGGGGCGCCCAGUUAUGGGAUCCAGCAAAGAAUGAAAAAUUGCAAGAACUUUUUCUGCAAGAGGUACAAAUGGGAGAACUUUGGUUAUCCAGAGGAGACCAUCGAUUGGGGGUUGAACAUCUCAGCAAUGCCCUUUUAGUGUGUGGACAACCAGAGGAACUUCUGAAGGUUUUCAAACACACACUCCCUCCUAAGGUAUUUGAGAUGCUGUUGCACAAAAUUCCCCUUAUUUGCCAGCAAUUUGAGACAGACAUGAAUGAACAGGAAUACUUGGAGGAUGAUCGUGAUUGAAAAACAUUUCAACGUAUCCACAGUCCAGUCAGAAUACUAUGGUACUAUAUAUAGUAUAAACAACUGCUCAGUGAUAUUUCCAUUUAUUUUACUUUUAGUAAUAAAAAAUUUUUUCUAUCUCA